UAUGUGUGAGUGUGUAUGUGUUAGUCGCAGCCGAUCGUCCACUGUAGCGCACUCUUAAGAUGGCUGGAUUGCAGCACAGCAGCGGUGGUGCGGCUGCUGUAACAAUGGUGGAGGAAGACGACGACUUGGAAAUGCUUCGGGUUGCUGCUUUAGCCGCACUUGAAGCAAAACGACUGAAGGAGGUUCCUCGGAACAGGAUUGUGCAGAGGAAUAAUGUUCUUGUUAUUCAGCCCGCCGACGAGUUUCUUCCUCGGCUUGAACCUUCAAUCAGAAUCACACGGUCUCCUUCACCUAGGGUACGGCGAAAAUCACCGGUGACAAGGGAACGGUCCCUUUCCCCGCGCAGACGAUCGCCUUCGCCGCCGUUUUCUCGUUCACCCCGGCGAUACUCACCAAGGCGAUCAGCAACACCACGUGAUAGAAGUCCUCGAUUUCGCUCACGGACUCGAACUCGAUCUAGGUCUCCACGUAAUCGCUACCGCAGCCCACUGCCGUUACGAAGAUCUCCACGUAGGAGUUCUAGGAGUCCUUCACCUCGCAGGUUAUCUGUAUCACCUAGAAGACGAAGCCCAUUACGUCGCAAGAGCUCCGUCCGGCGCUCUCCAGUGAGAAGAUCGCCGUUGCUGAGGACCCCUCCAAGAAGAUCACCGGUUCGCAGGUCUUCACCUAGAAAGGCUGCUAAUGGAGACGCGUCCAGGAGAAACAACGCAAGGCGAAUUUCUCCUCCUCGAAAGCGAUCUAGAUCCCCUGUAUAUAGAAAUCAUCUCGUAGAACCCAAGCGUCUGUCUGACCACACGCAGAGACCGGCAUCUCUUCGAAAUCGGUCGGAGUCAGUUGAAAAAAGAGAUCGGCUUGCGCGAUUUCAGGAUAAUAAGCAGGAAAAUGAAAGCGACGAAGAUAGUUGCAAUGAAUCUCUGCUUGACGAAAUCCUCAACGACGACGUAGACAACCAAAACCCCGCUGGCAACAGUACCGAAGCUGAUACCAAAGAAAAGGAGAAUAUUAACGAGCCAGCGGAGGUCUCUGCGGACGAUGUCAAGGAGAACAAAGGAAAUGAAGAACCUGAUGAAGACUGCCUUUUACUGCAAGCAGAUGAUGACAUGGAUGAUCUCCUGGGCCUUGAAGAAGAAGAGACGAUUGUUGCGAAACAAGCAUCAAGGUCUGCAUCAGUAAGAGAGAAAAAACCACUCAAGGAGCAAAAACGAACUUCUCUUAAGGAGCGAGAAGAGCGUCGGCGAGACGACAGAGCUGUCAGACGAGAAAAUCGAAGACCGAACCCACCACAACGCGACCAGAAUGCUAGAGAUCGACCAGAACGCGACCGUCGAGAACGAAAAGAAAACAGGGAUCGCCGUGAAAAAGAAAUGAAAGCAGCAAAAGCUGAAAAAAGAACCGAAAAGGAAAGGGAAAGCAGACGGCACAAAGAAAAAAGCAAGGAGCCAGCUGCAAAAAAGGCUGCGAAGCCCAGCAAAGUCAAGGAGGAAGUACCAGCACCUCGAGAAGUCGAGGACAACCGAAGAACCUUUACGGUUGUGGAGGAUGUUUCUUCCGAGCAACGCCAAAGAUUUGAGGCUCGAAAGCGGAAGUUUGAGCAAACCGAAAUUAAACCAUCAAAAAAGGUUAUUUCAUUAAAGAAGGAUGGAAGUGAUGGCGCCAACAAUGACAAUGAUUCCUUGGAAGAAAGUCGUUCUCGGGAACAUACUGCCGUUUCGAGUAGCAGCGCCAGAAAAGGAGGAAUCCAAGAAAGACUGGGUGCAAAAGAGGUGCGAAGUACAAAAGUGCGAACAAAUUCUCGCGGGGAGAAGCCCAAUGGCGCCGAAGUGGACGUCGUUGCGCAACGAUCGAUCCUCUCCCGGCUGGGGCCACCCUCGACGGCAACUCGCACAAUAAAUGCUUCUAACUGCGCGUUUGGUAGCGUUAAAGAGCGUAUUGGUCACUUAAACAGUGCACCAUCCUCAUCACCACAUCGAGGGACGUCUAGUUCUGGAUUAUCAUCUGCUACCUCGUCUCUGUUGGGCUCAUCGACAACAGAUAUCAUCUCGUCAUCAGCUUCAUCAUCAAAGGUCAAGUUUGAAGUUCGCAAUCGAGCGACUCUCGAUCCAAAACUUAAGAUUCACAUCAACCUUGCAGUAGUAUCCUCGGGAAGCAACGGAAACAGUGGAUCUGAAGGCAGUCACGGGGGUACUAGUAGCGCCAAACAGAAAAAAGUCUUCUGUGUUGAGUAAAUAUUUAACGUUAUCCAGCAUUAUAGUGGGUUUAAGUAGAGUUCGUUGGACUGUCUUGUUUCGGGAAGAAUCUCGGAGGGUUUUGCUGGGCUUGCAAAUUGAUCAGAAUGUAUGGGUUUGCAAACAGUUCCUGAGGAGAAAAGACAAUAAUUCGCUUGUCAGUUUCGCCAUUAGCAGGCAUUGGGGUACGUUGCGUACACCCGUUGCGUGGUUUCAUUUCGAUGUUACUUUUUCUAAAAUUCGGGAUUUUUUUCCCAUUCGAGUUUACUAACUCAGGCGAAAACAAAAGGCAUUCUAAUCCGAAAAACCCCAUUUCAUCGAUCUUUACAUUUGUGAUCGGCGUUCUGUUGCCAAUACAUAUACUUGUAUGCACUUAUUCAAAGCAAGAGACACCAAAGAUCAAGGGUGUAGCGGUGACCCAUUCACGUGUGAAGUCAUCAUUGAGGUCCGGGUUUGCUUUGGUAAUGAACUUCAGCCAUUGAAGCUGACGCAUGCAGAACAACGACGAGGAUAAAGCACACUAACGGCGCAGUCUGUAGUAAUAAUUGGGUUCGAUCGUGAUUGGUUUUGCAAAAUACUGUAACACUAACUUAAACAAUACCAAGAACGGUCAUUAUGCAUGAAUAUAGUAAGAUUUGCAUAAACUAUUAAAAAAAUAUUGAAAAAAUAAAUCUGAUCUGUUUAAUAACGAUGGGUUGAAUGAGCUUACGUUAAGACGGGAAAAAUUAGCCGUUUGGGAAAGCAGAAAAGGGUCUUUUUAACCUGGUUUUGUUAGGACAGGAGGUACAACAAAGAGAUACUGAUGGAAAAUUUCUUACGCUAUUGGUAACGAAAUAUAAAGGUUAGGCGAAGAAAUCUGCACAAGACGACGCCACCAAUAUAAUAGUAGAACCACCACAAUAAUAAUAGAAAAUCGUUACAGGUGGCAUGGGGUAACAGAACAACAUUAAAUUCAUCAAACAACGUGACAAUUUGAUGAUUCUGUAAAGAGUCAGUCUCCGUGUCGUGCAAUCAUGUGCAAUGUUCUAUUUUGGUAGAAAAUUGCUAUUACUUCCCACUGUCGUUUUUAGAUACUAAAGCUACACAACGUAAUUAUGAUGAUGAUUAUUAUUAUUAUUGUUAUUACGAAUGCGUGAAAACUAAACGUUUUUUUCUAUUUUCUAAACGUUUCGAACAACUAGUGUUUUUUCCUUUAUGUGAGUGUGAGGCUGUUAUCUAACGGUAAGAGUGGUGAUUUCUCCGGUAAUGGUGAAUCGCAGGUCUGGCCCAUAGAAGAAUUUGUAUGCGUAGUGCUAGUUUCUAUAUACUUGAUUAACUAAUGCUAUUUUUGUUUUUACUUUUGUUGUCGACACGCUAAUCAUAGUGAAUAAUCCGAAACGAAAAAGAUUUGCCGCAUGGAGACUACUCUAUAAUGUUUAGUAUGU